AUGAAGAUCCACGCGGUGCCCGUGCGGGACGACAACUAUGCAUACAUCCUGCAGUCGUCCGAGGAUGGCAAGGCGGUGUUUGUGGACCCGUUUGACGUGGCUGCUGUGAGUGGGGCGGCGGAGAAGCUGGGGAUUGCGAAGGAGCAGGUCGUGGGGCUGUUGACGACGCACCACCACUUUGACCACUCGGGCGGGAACGAGGCGUUCACCACCGCGUAUCCGGGCCGACCCGUGUUCGGGGGCAGCGACCAGAUCCCAGCGCUUACGCAGAAAGUGCGCGACGCCGACGAGCUCAACGACCUGCUCCCAGGCAUCUCGAUCAAAUGCCUCGCCACCCCGUGCCACACGCAGGACCACAUCUGCUACCAUGUCUCCUCUGCCUCUUCAGGAAAGCAAGGCGUCUUCACCGGCGACACGCUCUUCAUCUCCGGCUGCGGCCGCUUCUUCGAAGGCACCCCGCAAGAAAUGCUCACCGCCAUGGACAAGCUCUCGACGCUGCCCGACCCCACGCUCGUCUACUGCGGCCACGAAUACACCAAGGCCAACGCCGAGUUCAGCGCCGCCAUCCUGCCCCGCGACGAACACGCCAUCAGCACGCUGGUGAACAACCUCAAGCAAGGCCAGAAGUGUACCACGGGUGUGUAUACGAUCGCCGACGAGAAGAGCCACAACCCGUUCAUGCGCUGCAGGGACGCAGCGGUCAAGGAGAAGGUCGAGAAGCUCAGCGGCGAGACUGCGGGCGACGAGGUCGCCGUCAUGCGGCUGCUGCGCGAGUUGAAGAAUGCCGGCAAGGUCAAGGCGAACAUUUGA